AUGGUGCUAUGUGGAGAAAAUGUGAGCGAUUAUGAUAUGAUUGAAAAAACGCUCUCCACAUUUCACCCUGGAAAUAUAGUCCUGCAACAACAAUAUCGGGCAAAUGGCUAUACUCGUUAUUCAAAAUUGAUGGAUGUUCUCCUUGUUGCAGAACAGAAUAACGAGCUUGUGAUGAUGAACCAUCAGACUCGUCCCACUGGAGCUGCUCCAUUCCCAGAAGCGAAUGUAGCAUCGUCCAGCCAAAAUAAUGGACGAGGACGUGGACGUGGAUAUGGUCGAAACAGAGGUCGUGGCCGUGGACGUGGUCGGGGACAAGGAAAAGAGUACCGUCCCGACGAGUCUAACAAUGAAAGGAACUAUAAAAGAUCUCGAGCAAAUGAUUACGGCCGAGAUUCUAAAAAGCAAAAAGAAAGUGUUUGCUACAGAUGCGGCAUGAAAAAUCACUGGGAGCGUACUUGUCGUACACCCAGACACUUAGCCGAUCUGUACCGGGAAUCACAAAAAGCAAAGGAGAAAGAAAGUGAGACUAACUUCAUCUCCAAUGAACCCGGUCCUUCCUUUCACGGCCUAAACGAUGAUACUCAUCUUGAUGUUUCAGAUUUUCUGGUUGACUCCGAAGAGAUCAACGGAAAAACAGACGACUAA